AUUCAAAACUCCCUCCCGUUUCUCUGGUUUUUCUCCUUCUCCGGCGACGGCGAUGGUCGGACCGGCGCGCCACUCGAUCUCCACCAGCCCUAUGAAGAACCCUUCCUCCCCGGCAUCGUGCUACCGAUCCGAUCCUAUUGUCCCAUGGCUCCGGUCCAUUCACAAGGAAUUGGGCGAUUCUCAAAGGAACAGUCAAUGAAGAUUCAUCGCGGCUCAAGAGCCUCCUCGAGGACUGCAUCAAAAGGUUCGUGGAUGAAGAGCGGUACAAGAACGACCUGAGAUUCCUCAAGAUCUUUAUCCUCUAUGGGGACGUGAUUCAGGAUUUUGAGAGGGUUUUCAGGAUGCUGGAGGUGAAAAGCAUCUGCCAGGCUUGCUCAUUGCUAUAUGAGGCAUAUGGGAUUUUUCUCAUUUCAAAAGGGAGGCUUGUUGAGGCUCAUGAUGUUUAUCAGCUCGGUGUUUCCAGACAUGCGCAGCCACUGGACAGGCUGAAGAGGACGCACACCUUGUUCCUGAAUCACAUUUCUGAAAUCGUUUCCAGUGCUGGUCCUGACCCCAAGAUAGACACAGGAACACAUUCAGGAGUGGAACAUAGUCAUGUGAAUCCUUGGUCAAGCUCUACCAUAGAUGAUUUGCUGAAAAGGAUGGAUUCUGACUUCAAAAAAUACGAUGGCUGUUAUAGGAGCAACAAGGGUUAUUCUGGAAAAGUAUCUCUGUCUUCAUUGAAAAAUUCCUCAAGAAAUAAGAUCAUCGACCUAGGUGGCUGUACGUACCAGAUCAAAGGCUGCUCGGGCCUUGGUGGGUUUGCUCAAGUAUACAAGGCUUAUGUUGGCAGUAAUCCAGAUGAUGUUGUUGCACUUAAGGUUCAAAAGCCUGCUUUUCCUUGGGAAUUUUACAUGUAUCGUCAACUGGACAAACGCAUCACAGAUGUGGAGAAAAUUAUAUUCCUUCAGAGGUCAAGUUUUGGUUUUGCUCAUAAAGUUCAUAUCUACUCCGACUGGAGUGUACUAGUGUGCAACUAUUUGUCUCAUGGAACCCUGCAGGAUGCUAUAAAUUCUUAUGUUGUAAUGCACAAAGUAAUGGAAGAAGUACUCUGCAUUUAUUACACUAUAGAGAUGCUGCGCAUGUUAGAAGCUCUGCAUAGUGUUGGCAUCAUUCAUGGUGAUUUCAAGCCCGAUAACCUGCUUGUUCGUUAUGCUAGGGAUGAUUUGACGGAUGAUGGCUUUAGUAGCAGAACUGGAUCUUGGCGUGAUCAGGGACUUUGUCUAGUGGACUGGGGAAGGGGAAUAGACCUAAGCCUCUUUCCUGCUGGUACAGAAUUUAAUGGGGACUGCCGAACAUCUUGUUUUCGUUGUGUGGAGAUGCAAGAAAAUCGAUUGUGGACUUACCAGGUUGACACAUAUGGUCUUUGUGUUGUUGUGCAUAUGAUGCUCCAUGGGUCAUAUAUGAGUAUUGAAAAGAAGUCAACUCCAGAUGGAAGUUAUUAUUACCAACCCAAGACAGCUUUUAAGAGGUACUGGAAUGUUGAUCUAUGGAAGCCUUUGUUCUCUAAAUUGCUCAACAUAAAAUCUAAUGAAAGUGAUGUACCACUUCUGCAAAGUCUGCGAUCAUCGUUUGAGGACUAUAUGUGCAGAAAUCCUCAGCUGAUAAAUAAAUUAAAGCAUUUACUAUUGAAGCAGAAGGCUUCCUUGUGUUCAGCUUAGCAUAUGUUCUGCCUGCAAAUUAACAAGCUGUUGUUUAUACCCUGUUUGUAGCUUCUACUUUGUUGUGUAUCAUCUGUUCAUCAUUACUGGGAGUGGGGACAACCACAUUCUAAAAGUUCAAAUGUUGUUCUUUCCAAAACCAUUCUUUAUGUAAAACAGUUAAAGUUUGCAUGUUUGAGACUUUGUGAUCAAUGAAGAGCUUGAAUUGUAUAUGCUAACAGAUUAGGAUAAUUUGGUGACCUUUAUUUUAUGAUGUAAUAGGAGUAAG